AUGAUCAUCACCGUUAUCGUUACCAUCACCGUAAAUGUUACAGUCAUCGUAAUAGUUAUCGUUACUGUCACUGUAAUCAUUACUGCUACCGUCAUCAUAACCGUUAUCAUUACCAUUACUGUCAUCGUAAGCAUUACCGUCAUCGUUGCCGUUACCGUCACCGUUACUGUCACCAUCAUUGUUACCGUAAUCGUUUUUGUUUUCGUCACCGUUAUCAUCAUCGUUACUAUUACCAUUACCGUUACCAUAACUGUUAUUGUUACCUUUAGUGUUACCGUUAUCGUUUUCAUUACCAUUACCGUUGUAGUUCUCGUUAAGAUUAUCAUCAGAGCCAUCUUUACUGUCACCGUUACCGUGAUCGUGGUCGUUACAAUCACCAUUAUCAUCACCAUCACCGUUACCAUCACUAUUACGGCUACUGUUAUAGUCACCAUCACCAUCAUCUUUACCUUUACAAUUACGGUCACCGUUAUUGUUACCAUCACUGUAACCAUUGUUGUACCUAUCACCUUCAUCAUUACCGUCAUUGUCACCGUUACAAUCACCAUAACCGUAACCAUAAUCGUCACCAUUAUUGUUACAUUUACUUUUCCCGUCACCAUUACCGCCACCGUAACUAUUACCAUCAUUGUUACUGUGACGUCACCGUCAUCGUUAGCAUCACCGUGA